AACUUACACUGGGGGAGAAUGCGCAGACAAAAAGAGGAAGGAAGAAGAAGAACAAGGAAAGCCAGACAGCCCAAACCUGCUGUUUUUCAGCAGUUACCUUCAGAUUCAUUUGUAAUAAUCGGAACAGUCCAUCCCAAGCAUCCUGAAUCACGGCUUAUUGCUGGACUCCCUAGGAAUGACUCCUUGGCAUAAAAGUGAAAAGAAGACUGGAGUGGCAAUAUACAAUUUCAAAGCUACCCAAGUGCCCCAGAUAUCACUACAGAUUGGGGAUGUGGUUCAUAUAUUGGAAGAUCAUGAAGAUUGGUACAGGGGAUACUUGGUCAGGCAUAAAGAAACUGAGGGAAUAUUUCCAAAAUCUUUUAUCCACAUCAAAGAAAUUGCUGCUGAGAAGAAAAGAAAUGCAGAAAAUGUAAUACCUGCUGAGAUUCCAUUGGUACAAGAGGUUACCAGCACAUUAUGGGAAUGGGGUAACAUUUGGAAGCAAUUGUAUGUGGCAAAUAAAAAGGAACACUUCCGACAGGUACAAGUGAUGAUGUGCGAGUUAAUGGAGUGGAGAUCACAGCUCCUCUCGGGGACAUUGCCCAAAGAUGAACUAAAAGAACUGAAACAAAAGGUCACUUCCAAAAUUGAUUAUGGCAACAAGAUUCUAGAGUUGGACCUGAUUGUUAGAGAUGAAGAUGGCAAUAUUUUGGAUCCUGACAAAACCAGUGUCAUUAGUCUCUUCCAUGCACAUACAGAAGCUACAAAAAAAAUCACAGAAAGAAUUAAAGAAGAAAUGGUAUGGGUAAUGGACAUCUCAGAUAUUAUAAAAAGAAAAAUAGAAAGUGAUGAAGAGAAACAAUAUUUCAUCCCCUUUCAUCCAGUGCCAGAGAAUGAGUUUUUGCACAACCUCUUAAGCAAGGUUACCACAUUCAAAAGUGACAGUGGCGGGCAAGGAUUAUGGGUAACUAUGAAGAUGCUUGUUGGAGACAUUACUCAUAUUAGAAAGGACCAUCCUCACCUUGUUGAUAGGACAACAGUUGUUGCUAGGAAGCUUGGAUUCCCUGAAAUAAUCAUGCCAGGCGAUGUAAGAAAUGAUAUCUAUAUUACCUUGCUCUAUGGAGAUUUAGAUAAAUUUAAUAAAACUACUCAGAGAAAUGUAGAAGUCAACAUGUGUGUCUGUGAUGAAGAUGGAAAAGUGAUACCUAAUGUGAUUUGCUUAGGGGCUGGAGACAAGCCUGUGAAUGAAUACAAGUCAGUUGUCUACUAUCAAGUCAAACAACCCCGUUGGAUGGAGACAUUAAAGGUAGCCUUACCCAUUGAGGAUAUGCAAAGAAUUCAUUUGCGUUUUAUGUUUAGACAUCGGUCAUCUUUGGAGUCUAAAGACAAAGGAGAAAAGAACUUUGCAAUGGCCUAUGUAAAAUUAAUGAAGGAAGACGGGACAACUCUGCUUGAUGGCAUUCAUGAACUGGUGGUUUUAAAGGGUGAUAGUAAGAAAAUGGAAGAUGUCAACAUGUACUUGAGUCUCCCUUCAACCCGCAGCCAAGUAGAGCCUAAACUCUCAACCUUAAGUCGGAGUGCAAGCAUUGUCGGAGGGCUCUCUAUAAGCUCAAGAGAUUCCUUUGCCAUUUCAACUCUCAUUUGCUCAACUAAGCUAACUCAAAACGUGGGUUUACUGGGCCUUUUGAAGUGGCGAAUGAAACCUGAGCUCUUGAAGGAAAACUUAGAAAAAUUGAAGAUCGUGGAUGGUGAAGAAAUUGUAAAGUUCCUCCAGGAUACUUUAGAUGCCCUAUUUAAUAUCAUGAUGGAACAUUCUUAUAGUGAUGCAUAUGACAUUCUUGUCUUUGAUGCUUUGAUUUAUGUAAUAGGACUCAUUGCAGAUAGAAAAUUUCAGCAUUUCAAUACUGUACUGGAGGCUUAUAUACAGCAACAUUUCAGUGCAACUUUAGCCUACAAGAAAUUAAUGGCAGUUUUGAAGACUUAUUUGGAUAUUUCAAGCAGAGGAGAACAGUGUGAUCCUAUAUUAAGAACGCUAAAAGCUCUGGAAUAUGUAUUCAAGUUCAUAGUUCGGUCAAGGACUUUGUUCUCUCAACUAUAUGAAGGUAAAGAACUGACAGAGUUUGAAGAAGCCAUGAGGAGAGUUUUUGAGUCAAUCAACAACUUGAUGAGAAGUCAACAUAAAACAGCUAUUUUAUUACAGAUGGCUGCCUUGAAGUAUAUUGCAUCUGUUCUCCAAGAUGUAGAAACAGUCUUUGAUGUCAGAUUGCUUAGCCAGCUUUUACAUGAAUUUUUUGCCUGCAUUCCAGCAAAUUUGCAGAAGCAAAAAGUUCAAUCAAUGACAGAAAUUGUACACAGCAGUCUCUUUAAAAAACAAGAAUGUAGAGAUAUCCUCCUCCCUGUAAUUACCAAAGAACUGAAGGAAUUGCUGGAUUCAGGUGUUGAAAUGCAAGGGAAACAAGAAAAACAAUAUUGCAUUGAAUUACUCAACAGCAUCCUAGAAGUUCUCAGCUGUCAAGAAGCAGCAUCAACCUAUCAGCAUACACAAGAAAUAAUGGUCCAGUUGCUGCGCACCAUUAACAAGACUGUCAUUAGAAUGGGAAGAGAUGACCCCUUAAUCAGUCAUUUUGUGGCCUGCAUGACAGCAAUCCUGGACCAAAUGAAUGAUCAGCACUAUUCCUCAUACAUUGAAACUUUUCAGACGAGCUCAGAAUUAGUGGACUUUUUGAUGGAAACUUUCAUAAUGUUUAAAGAUCUGAUUGGAAAAAACGUUUACCCCUUGGACUGGAUAGCAAUGAGCAUGGUGCAGAACAGAGUAUUUCUGAGAGCCAUCAACAAAUUUUCUGAGACUAUGAAUCACAAGUUUCUGGAAAACAUGAAUUUUGAAGAACAACUCUGGAACAACUAUUUUCAUCUUGCAGUGGCUUUUAUCACCCAGGACACCUUGCAGCUAGAGCAAUUCUCCCAUGGUAAAUGCAUUAAGAUCCUGAACAAAUAUGGAGACAUGAGACGUUUAAUUGGUUUUGCUAUCCGUGACAUGUGGUACAAACUUGGACAGAAUAAAAUCUGCUUUAUUCCAGGAAUGGUUGGGCCAAUCUUAGAAAUGACCCUCAUCCCUGAAGCUGAACUGCGUAAAGCUACCAUCCCAAUAUUCUUUGACAUGAUGCUAUGUGAAUAUAAAAAUACUGGUGAAUUCAAAAAGUUUGAAAAUGAAAUAAUUUUAAAAUUGGAUCAUGAGGUAGAAGGAGGCCGAGGAGAUGAGCAAUAUCUGCAUUUGUUUGAGACAAUACUCACUGAGUGCUCUUCAGUCUUUCCUAAGAUUGCCAAGUCAGUUGAAAUGUUUGUAAGCCUAAUAAAAGGUCUUUUGGAAAAACUACUGGAUUAUCGUGCUGUAAUGAAUGAUGAAAGCAAGGACAAUCGUAUGAGCUGUACUGUGAAUUUAUUGAAUUUCUACAAGGAAAUUAAUCGCGAAGAAAUGUAUAUAAGGUAUCUGUAUAAACUUCGGGAUCUUCACUUAGAUUCUGAGAACUACACAGAAGCUGCAUAUACCCUUCUGCUGCAUGCUUCACUUCUGAAGUGGUCUGAUGAACACUGUACUCCUCAAGUCAUGCAAACAGAAUUUCAAAGUUCACAAACACACCGUCAUCUGAAAGAGCACCUAUAUGAGAUGAUAAUAGAAUAUUUUGACAAAGGAAAGAUGUGGGAAGAAGCAAUAGGCUUGUGCAAAGAACUAGCAGAACAGUAUGAAAUGGAAAUUUUUGAUUAUGAACUUCUAAGCCAAAACUUGAUUCAGCAAGCCAAAUUUUAUGAAAACAUAAUGAAAAUUCUGAGGCCUAAACCAGAUUAUUUUGCAGUUGGAUAUUACGGCCAAGGGUUCCCCACAUUCCUAAGGAAUAAAAUAUUCAUUUAUCGAGGCAAGGAAUAUGAGCGGAGAGAAGACUUUCAAGCACAACUGCUGAGCCAUUUUCCAAAUGCUGAAAAAAUGAAUACUACUGCACCCCCUGAUGAGAAACUGAAGAAUGCUGCUGUUCAACAUAUACAAUGCUUUACUGUGCAGCCAGUUUUGGAGGAACAUCCUCAAUUCAAAAAUAAGCCAGUGCCUGAUCAAGUAAUCAAUUUUUAUAAGUCUAACUAUGUACAAAGAUUCCACUAUUCAAGACCAACUAGAAAAGGAUCAGUUGACCCUGAAAAUGAAUUUGCUUCUAUGUGGAUUGAGAGAACAUCCUUUACUACAGCUUAUAAACUCCCAGGAAUCUUACGUUGGUUUGAGGUUGUCUCCAUGUCACAGAUUACAAUUAGCCCAUUGGAGAAUGCCAUUGAAACAAUGACCAUGACAAAUGAGAAGAUUCUGGCGAUGAUCAAUCAGUACCAAAGUGAUGAGAACCUUCCCAUUAACCCACUCUCCAUGCUUCUGAAUGGAAUUGUUGAUCCAGCAGUCAUGGGAGGGUUUGCUAAGUACGAAAAGGCUUUCUUCACAGAUGAGUACACUAGGGAUCACCCAGAGGAUCAGGAGAAACUAAACCGACUCAAAGACCUGAUUGCUUGGCAGGUUCCAUUUCUUGCAGCUGGAAUUAAGAUUCAUGAAAGAAGAGUAUCAGAUAGCCUUCGUCCUUUCCAUGAACGUAUGGAGGAAUGUUUCAGGCAUUUAAAGGUUAAAGUAGAAAAACAAUAUGGAAUCAGAGAAUUGCCGGAUUUUGAUGACAGGCGGUUAGGUCGACCAAAAUCUAUGCUGAGAUCGUAUCGUCAGAUGUCCAUUAUUUCAAUGUCCUCCAUGAAUUCUGACUGCGGUACACCAAACAAGAUUCCUGUAGAAAGCUUUGAACUUGAAGUCAUGUCACCCAAGGCAACCGAAUCUGUGUCAGAAGAAAAUGGGCGUCUCAUAAGCAGCCAGCCUGAAGUGAAAAUGAGGAAAGGCCGGAAGAGAGAAAAGAGAAGCAGUGUCAUACUCCCAGACAAAAAAUCUUCUGACCUUCCUGAUAUGAAAUGUCUGUCAAGAAAAUAUGAAUUUAUGAGUGAUACCAACCUUUCUGAACAUCUGGAUGUCCCUCAGAAAACAUCUGUUCUUCUCAAGCAAAUGAGUUUUGCCAGCCGUUCUAUGCCAACCAUACCAGCUUUAACCCUAUCCAUAUGCUGUCCAACACUGGAAGAAACAAAUGUGUCACAGAGAAUGAGUCAGACAAACAUUCCACCCAUCUUGCAAACAGAAAAGAAAACUCUAAAAAAGAAGAAAACGCUCUUCAAAACAAUAUACAAGUCCAAGCAACCUGAAGAUGGAAGGUGUACGAGUGAACGGCAACCUGAUGUCUCAGAGCUGUGAAUAAAUUCCACUGUUUGAAAGAAUACUUAUAGGCAAUUUUUUUAAAAAAAAAGAUUCGAAAUUGGAAAUGAAGGUUGUCUCACAACGUUGAUAAUGUAUAUAAAAUCAUUUGUACUGUCAAGACUUAAUGCUGUUACACUCCUAAAUGCUUGACUUUGGUGAUAGGCAAGAUCUGUUAAUCUGUGGACCAGUUCUUAAUCUCAAUACUCUGGGAAUCAAUAAUGUGAAAUGGUCAUUGGAGAAAGCAUUGAUCUUUCACUGUGCAUAGAAAAUAAUGUAACCCAAAUAAUACAAUCCUGGACUUGAUGUUUACAAUUCUUUUGCCUUAUAUUUGCACUUAGUAUUGUAUAUACGGGUAUAUAUGCAUUUAUGGUCAUAAUCUCUAUUGCAUAUAAUCUAUUGAUACCACCUAUUCCAAUCCUUGUACAUCAACAUUAUAAACUGGAUCUUGGUUGAUUCCUCCGGACUGAAAAAUCAUUAAUGAGGUUUUAAGAUUUGCUAAAAUCAAAAUUUUAUGCAAUCAACAUCUUACUUGAUUCCAUAGGACUCAUCAUUAUGCAUUUAUCUCCCAUUGCUGAAAUAUCUCUUAUGACUUCUGUCUACUAUAUUUUAUUGCUUGUUCCUGGAUGGGGGGGGGCAAUGAUGGCUUAAUGAUAUAUUUGUUUCAUAUUAAGAAGCAGACUGACUUUCUUGCUUAAGCGGUUCUUUUCCAAAAUUGAUCAUGCCAGUCUUCUCUGACAUUGUACUAUCAUUAAUUAUUGAGUUGUAAUAGAUAAAUUUGCCCACAGGUUGAUAAUGUGGUGGGCAUUUUUUGUAAUAUUUUAGUACCGCAGUAUGUUUUUAAAAUAUUCUGUCAUAAGCUGUAUCAUCUUUCUUUUAGGAAGUCAUUUCAAGAAAUAUAUCUUUAUAAUGCCAACAUUAUGUCAAAAUAUUCAUUAGUUUCUGUAAUUUCUAGAUAAAGCACAUGGUACAACUGCUUUGAUCUAAUAAACAUAUGAUCAAAGGGACUUCUUUUUUAAAAAAAAUGUUCAACUUCUUGCCUCAAGGUGUAACUGAAAGGUACUUUGAAAUUGCUACAAGAACGGGGACGUGGUAUUAACUUACUCUUAAUAAUAGAUAUUCUGAUGUAGUAGAAUUUUAAAAUAGGGGAGCCCAGCAUCGCUUACUAUUUUUUCCCUUAUUUGAAAUAUUUGUUAGCAUGAAAAGCAAUCCAGCCUGAAUUAUGAGGCAGAUGUGGUUGGAUUUUUCUUUGGAGUCUGCAAUCACUAUCUCUAUAAGACAUAGAAUAUUGGAAAAUAUAAAUGAACCAGUUCAAGUUCUCCUUUUGGAUUUAUUUCCAUGUCUUGUAGUCCUCGAUUGAAGACCUCAAUUGUUCUAAAGCCAAAAUUUGGGGCAAAGUUUCCAAGGUUUAGCAAUUUAAUCUU